ACCUGGCAGAAUAAAAACAGUUUGUUUGUGAAGCUGUGUCAGCUGAGGUAGCUGUUAGCUGACAGCUAGCGUGGCUGACUGCUGUACCUCUCGUACAUCGAGCUGUUGAUGCUGUCAUGUCACUUUUACCACGUCUGUAAGCGUGCCUGCUCUGCUGAAGUCAAAACCAUUCACCGGCAGAUUUCUAAAAGAGAGCUGAUCUUGUCCUGUGUCAUCACACACUUUGACCUGUUGUCUCUGCUGAACAACAGACAGAGAUGUGGCCCAGAGGAAGAACAGCUGGAGGAGACGAGAUGAUGCUGUGAAGUUAAGAGGCACCUUCAAAGCAGAAUGUCCUCAGGCCACAGGCUGAGAGAUGUGGAGCAGCAGCGCCCCCUACUGGACGGGGAGGAAGAGGCGGUGGAGAGUUUCCAUAGCGAGGCUAAGCAACUGUGGUUCAUCCAGGACUGCUGCGGCAUGGUGUGUGCUUUCAUCACCUGGUUCCUUGUCUUCUUUGCUGACUUUGUGGUCACCUUCGUCAUGCUGCUGCCUUCCAGGAGCUUCUGGUACGCCGUCGUCAACGGGGUGGUCUUCAACAGUCUGGCUGUGCUGGCGCUGGCCUCCCACCUCCGCACCAUGCUGACUGACCCGGGAGCCGUUCCGAAAGGAAACGCCACUAAAAAGUACAUGGAGAGUCUGCAGCUGAAGCCAGGCGAAGUCAUCUACAAAUGUCCAAAAUGCUGCAGCAUCAAACCAGAGCGGGCUCACCACUGCAGUAUCUGCAAGCGUUGUAUCCGCAAGAUGGAUCACCACUGUCCCUGGGUCAACAACUGUGUCGGAGAGAAGAACCAGCGCUUCUUCGUCCUCUUCACUAUGUACAUCGCUAUGAUUUCCGGUCAUGCUCUGGCUCUCUGUGGAUACCAGUUCAUCACCUGCGUUAAAGUCCAGUGGAGAGAGUGCAGUGACUUCUCUCCUCCCGUGACGAUGAUGCUGAUGAUCUUCCUCUGCAUGGAAGCCCUCCUCUUCCUCACCUUCACAGCCGUUAUGUUCAGCACUCAGGUGCACUCCAUCUGUAACGACGAGACGGAGAUCGAGCGUCUGAAGAAUGAGAAGCCGACGUGGGAGCGUCAGACUCGCUGGGCCGGACUGAGGUCUGUGUUUGGAGGUCAGCCGUCUCUGAUGUGGAUCAGCCCCUUCGCAGGACUCAAGCUACAAACAUUUCUCCCCAGGCGCACCUGGAAGGGCGGAGCAGAGUUCUCCGUCUGACACGCCAUCAGUCAAACUGUGCUCAGUGGAGUGAAUGACAACAAACCACCAUCAGAGUCCAGCUCGGUUUACCUUCAUUUUACCAGGAGGAGGUUUCAGAGCCGCAGAAACCAGGUUCAGACUCUGCUGCAGUGCCAUGAAACAAGAUGCUUGGUCUCAUCUCUAACACUUGACCUCUUACCUUGCUUCAGGAAGGGGAGCAUCGUCCUUACUGGAAGUCAUACAGAUCGAACACAAUCAGACUGAGUGGAUGCCGCCGCCGCUGUUGGAUGUAUGUAGUCAGACUCUGGCUCCAAUUCUCAGAUUCAGACUUUGAAGUCUGAAAGUUUUUUUUUUUUUAAAUGUUGCUCAUUAAGAUGCUGGACCUUCUUAGAGCACUGACUGACCACAGAGUUGUAAUCACAGGAUGUUCGGGAACCUCUGCUGUAAAGUUUUUGGUGUUUGUAGAAGUUGAUCUGCACUGUGUGCAUCAACAUGAAGCUCUAAAGUCCAAAAUGAAAUAUUAUACAGUGAUUUAUAAUGAUUCUGUUGAUUAAAUGAUAACAAUAAUGAGAAUCUCUUUAAAUUUCUUGUAAACAAUCAAAAAUUACUACAUUCAGUGUUUCUUCUCCCAUGUGUGGAUCCUUGAGGUUUAAUAAAAGUGCAUUUCUCUCAGCCAGUUACUGAAAUAUUUUAAAUCCUUUAUCGUUUACUUUCCUUGUCCUUAGUUGGCUGUGUUUCUGUAGCUCUGUGUGACACCAUUGGCAGAAACGUAGGUCUCGACACCCAUGUGCAUUUAUGUCCACAAACUGAUAAAAACACUAAUUGAAGUGAAAACUCCACAGGGUACCUCUAAGAAAUCAUGUUAGAAAAUUACAAGCAAUAUUUUUAAUGGCUGCUUCAAAGCCUUCGAUAAAAAAAAUUCAACACUGCUGUUUUUUUAAUCGUUUAAUCAACUUGUGUUUUCCUUUUUUUUCUUUCUUUUUUUUUGGACAUUGUUUUCUCAAGUUACACAACAUAGUGGACCUUUGUUUGUGUGAGUUAGUGUGAGUCACAAACCUUCUGAACUGCACAGACAUGUUGUAAAUUGCUUGCUGUAACUUGAUGAAUACCACCUCAAAGUGAUAAAAGGCAACUUGAUGUUCUGUAUUUCAUUCACAAAAAAAUGUCACAAAUGUUAAAUGAACUUGAGUUUUGCUGUCAGAGGUUGGCAGACAAAAAGGAUUCUGGACCACUCGUGAAUUUAGUUUAGAAAAUUUCUCAGCUUGACAAAUUCUCUUAAAAAUCUCAUAUGAAUGCUUCUCUGAUCUCAAAGUGCCAUUUCGAUGUGACUUUUACUUUUUGGAAAAUGUAAACUUAGCUGUCAAGUGUGUGCAGUGAGAUUGAACCUUGUGUAUUGUGUAUAGAGCCCCAGUACAAUCUGUUUUUCCUUUUCAGCUUUUCUUCACCACAUCUCAACAAGAUGAGUCUCACAGAGUCAACAGCUGAUUUCAGUGUUUCUCUAAUUAUUUCAUACUGCGUCUUCUCUCUAUUGAUUAGUCACUAAAUUAUUAGUACUCCUUGUUGAAAUCUGCAUCAGAAGGUCUUGUACAAAGUCUUAAAUAUAUAUACUCAAGCCCUAAAAAGAAUUUAAACAUUUUUUUAAUGUUUGUCUUUCUUUCUUCUUGGUGUUCUGUGGAGGGAGUGAUAUCAGUGCAGUCCUGCAGAUUUUGAAGGUUUUGUUCUGUUCUGUUAUGUAUAGUAUUUUAUUUUAGAACACUUUAAACAUCCUUAAAACCUAAUUAAACUUAAAAUCAGAGAAUCUGACUUUUCAAAGAAUGUAUCUGGAGUCGGAGUGGUUGUACGUUUGUAUUAUGAGAUUUCUUUUAUAUGUUCAUCUGUGUCCAUUUUUCAGAUACUUUCAGAAUAAAGUUCCUCUACCUCUUCAAA